AUGACAGUAAUGAGGCAUAUUCCCAUUCCUUCAGGUUUUACAGUCAGUAGAAAUAUAAGAAGGUUCAACAUGGCUGAAAAUGAUAGGAAAAUAUUCUUCUCCUUCAAUCUGUUUUCCAUUUUUAUAUUCACACUUCCAAUUAUUUACAUGUAUAAUGCUAACUACAAAAUGUGCAAAGAAAAUGAUGUCAUAUACAACAAAUUAAAACACACCGGAAUUAAAGUUACAAAUAGCCUAUUCACAAAAUAA